AUGGCGCCAACUGAUAACAUACCAAAUGGGAUUCGCACUGCAUCUGAACCUAUCAGCUCUAAGCUGUUCCUCUCGGACGAAGAGCCCAAACAUGAAGUAGCGGGUAGUGUUAUGGACGGUUUGAUAAUGGAAGCCACAGAAGGUUAUACAGUGUAUCGGACGCGAUGGUUCAUGCUGGCAUUCUUCGUCCUUUACUCAGCAUCGAAUUCCCUCCAAUGGACGCAGUAUACAAUAAUUUCGGAUAUUAUAGUGAAAUAUUAUGGUGUGAAAAGCCACGUGGUGUCGUGGACGUCUAUGGUAUAUAUGAUUACGUACGUGCCUUUGAUAUUUCCUGCUAGCUGGCUGCUGGAUAAAACGGAAAAUGAUGAUAACAAGAUUCUGUACGGCGAUAAGUUAUUCUUUGAAACUUCUUGCUAUUCUUCGGCAAGUAAUGAAAACUUAACAGCAGUAUGGAGGUUUCCGCACUUUAGUUGGAUAACUCUAUUUCCUGUGUUCCGAGAAUAUUUCAUUUAUCGCCACUUCGUUUAUGAGCUAUAUAAUGUAUAUAUUUGCAUUCGCCCAAUUCCUCUA